AUGUCUUGCCGGCCGCUGCCUCAGCAGGCCUCUGCCCGAGGGAAGGGGACAGCCGUGUCUUCUUCCUUGGAAAUGGUGCUUCUGGAGAGCUUUCCUCGCUGUGGAGGUGCUGAGAGGCUAAUAUAUGAUAGUUUUGCCCAUUAUCUGGUAAUGGAGAAGGGUUAUGACCGAGACUUGCUGACUCUAGCUCCAGAAAGCUUAGACUUCUGUUGUAAAGGCUUGGUGUUGGACAUUGAAGAAGGAAACUUCCUGAAACUUGCUGAAGAUGGAACAGUUUUAAGGGCAAGCCAUGGUACAAAGAGCAUGACAUCCGAAGAGAUUCUGGAGACAUAUGGAAGGAGGGAGUGGAAGCAUUUUAACACAGUCAGUGGAAUGGUUUCCCGCUCAGCUAAAUACUAUUUAUAUGACAAUUAUUUUGACCUGCCAGGAGCUCUCCUGUGUGCAAAGGUUGUCGACUGCUUAGAUCAGGUAAGAACUGGAUUGUUUGAAACUAAAUAUUGCAUUAUCUUUUUCUUCCCCCCACAACGCUUCUUCCAUGCAUUAUUAAAUGCAUAG